GUGGUUAGAAAAAAAAAAUUCCAAAUCUUUGAUUCUUUUCUUUUUUUUUUCCCUUCCCCUUCCAUUCUUUCUUUUCUUCUUCUUGUCGUUGUUAUAUAUAGUUUAACUUAUCACGAUGACAACCACUUAUCGUCGAGCAAAAGUGGUAACCGAUAGUGAAGAUGAUCAGUCAGACUCAAGACAAAAACGGGAUUUACGUAUUACAAGUAAACGCAUAUCCAGUAUCAAAGAAGAAAAAUUGGACGAUAAGAAGAAAAAACCAGUGGCUGUGACAUUUGGACCUCAUCAUACUAUACCUAUUCAUACUUUAUCAAAAGCCUCAGUUCUCUCAAAAGAAGCUCCUCCUGAAAAUUAUAGUGGUUUUAUUCGACUUGGAAUGCUUGUACUUGGAGCGAGUAACAUUCGUUUGGUGAUUGAAAACUGGAUGAAAUAUGGACUAUUGAUUCGUCUUCCUCAUAGUUAUAUUCCAUUACAAGAUUAUGGACUGUUUGCCUUGGCUUGGCUUAGUGUCCCACUUAGUUUAUCUGUUUCCUUCAUUGUUGAAUAUGGUAUGACAAAACUCGCCGUUCAAGCUCAAAACGCGAAACCUGACUUUUUGAAAAAGUUGGCAGUGAUUGAAAAGGUGGCUACUUUGACUCAUAUUGGUCAUCUCUUCUUCCUAUUAUCAUUCUCUUCUUAUAUUGUUUACAAUCAUAUCUAUCACCCUAUGGUUGGAUCGGCUGUAUUGAUUAUUUGUUUGAUCACCUUUUUGAAAUUGACAUCUUAUUUCUUGGUAAAUAGUGAAUUACGCGAACGAUAUAUUAGUGGCAAGACGGAUGAUUUUUAUGACGAAGAUGUAGCUUACCCCAACAAUAUCAAACCAAAUAAUCUACUCUACUUCUUUUUUGCUCCAACUCUGUGUUACCAACCAUCUUAUCCACGCACUGAAGUAUUCCGACCUACCUUCUUUAUGAAACGUGUUGCUGAAUUGAUUGUUUGUCUGGUGAUGAUGUAUGUAUUGACGGAACAAUAUGCGAAGCCAACCUUAGCCAAUUCUUUGAAAGCAUUGGAAGAAAAGAAUUUUGUGACAAUAGUAGAACGUGUGUUGAAACUGUCAACAUCCGCUGUGGUCAUCUGGUUAUUGAUGUUUUAUGCUUUAUUCCAUGCCUAUCUCAAUGCUCUUAGUGAAUUACUUCGUUUUGGUGAUCGUACAUUCUAUUUGGCUUGGUGGAAUUCUGGAAAUUUGGCUACCUAUUGGAGAUUAUGGAAUCGACCUGUUUAUCUCUUCUUUAAACGACAUGUUUAUCUUCCCAGCGUUCGACGUGGAUUACCUCCUUAUGUUGGUCAACUUUUGGUCUUUUUUGUUUCGGCUGUCUUGCAUGAAUACAUGGUUGGUAUUCCUACUCAUUCUGUCAACGGUUUCGCUUUUUGGGGUAUGCUUGGUCAAAUUCCUCUGAUUGCUAUUACAAAACCUUUGGAAAAAUGGAGAGGCAAAGAAAGUGCUUUAGGAAAUACUAUUUUUUGGAUUACUUUUUGUGUCGUCGGUCAACCAACUAUCGCUCUGAUGUAUUAUUAUCAAUGGACAACUACUCAUCGUCAUAUUGAAAUGCCAUAGCUAGUCUAUUCAUUACUCUUCCUCCAUUUGAAUUAGUUUCCAUUCAUAUAUCCUUUAUAUAUAUAUAUACUCAUUCUUCUACUCCAUAUCUUUCUUAUCUAAACAACAAUAAAACAUGUGUUAAAUUUUAUUACCAGUUC